AUGCUACAUUCUCGCGACACGCCCGCAAUCACAGCUGAAAUCGACGCGCUUGACGCGUGCAAGUCGCCGUACCUGCUGCAACUACGUGCGAUCACGGGCUCAGAAGAGCAGCCUUGCAUGGUGACCGAGUACAUGUUGCUCGGCACCUUGCGCGAUUUCCUGGACAAGAAGCAAGCAGCGCAGGCCGUACCUAAGGACUUUACAGCGCAACAAGUGCUCUGGGUCGUCGCCAACGCGCUCGCCGACCUCCACGCCCACGGCUUUGUCCAUCGCGAUUUGACUUCCCACAACGUCUUGCUCUGCGGCACCAACUACAUCAAGGUCGCCAACCUCGGUGACGCAAAGGCCCGCCUCAUGGAUCGCACCAUGUCGAUGCUGCUUUGGUGCGCACCCGAAGUGCUCUCUGGUGCCAGUGCCGCGACAGCCGCUGCCGAUGUCUACUCGCUCGGUGUCAUUAUGACGGAGCUCGACUCAUUCCAGCUGCCGUAUGGGGACUUGAACCUCGAUGUGUGGGCGCUCACCGACAACAUUCGCAACGGCCGCGUUCGCCCAGCGGUGAGUGCGACGUGCGCACCAUGGUACAAGGCGCUGGCCGAGAGCUGCAUGGCGUUUGACGCGACUUCACGGCCUACGGCAGAGACGGUUGUUGCGACGCUGGAGCAGCACUGGCGUCCGUCGGCGGCACCCUCGGCCGCGGCGACGAUGACGUACGCUAUGAGUUUUCCGCUGCUCAAGGCCGACAAUUGCGGACCGCAGUACGAGCUUGUCGGUUUGAACGACGUGGAAUAGAGGCAUGUACCGAUAGCCUUUUAUUUCUAUACUUUUUUUACGAGGGCAAGUGAUUUCAUUGGCA